CUCGAGCGGUGAGCGUGCGGCUCUACUCCCAUAUAUAUACAUAUAUAUAUUCCACAUCCCAACCGAUAGAAAAGUAGCAACAGCAGCCCAGUUAUGUGCUUGCCAAAUGCAAUUAACAACUGAUUGAUUUCGAAACUCAGCAGCGGUAAUCGAGUUCAAAAUCAUCCAAAUACACUAAAUGGAUUGAAAGUGUCGCAGUGGCAAAAGUGUUGUAGCUAGUUAGUGUCUUGUGUGCUAAGUGUGUGUGUUAUUUGUGUGCGUUCCAAGGAUUAGAGUCGCGGAGGAGAAUGGAGCACGAUAGCUUCGAUGAUCCCAUUUUCGGGGAGUUCGGCGGCGGGCCACUCAAUCCACUGGGCGCCAAGCCACUGAUGCCCACCACAACGGCCAUGCAUCCCGUGAUGCUGGGCAGUGUCCACGAGUUGUGCAGCCAACAGCCGCAGCAUCAGCAGCAGCAACGAUUGCCCGACUGCAACACCAUACUGCCGAAUGGCGGAGGAGGAGGAGCAGGCUCUGGCGGCGCUGGAGGAUCGCCCAACUAUGUGACCAAGCUGGAUUUCGUCAACAAGAUGGGCUGCUACUCGCCCAGCCAGAAGUACGAGUACAUUAGUGCGCCGCAGAAGCUGGUGGAGCAGCAGCAGCAGCACCAUCAACACCAUCACCACUACACGGCCACGCCCCCGCCCAGCCACAAUGGCAUCCUGCUGCACAAGCAAUCCUCCCAGCAGCAGCAGCAGCAGCAACAGCUGGUGGGCAUCCUGGACUAUCAUCCGCUCAAUGGCAAGCUGGACUACUCCUCGUCGCCCAAGGAUCAGUACGAGCCGCAGCAGCUGCAGCAUCUGUACGGCGGCAGUCCGCAUCAUCUGGACCAUUUGGAUCAUGGCAGUGAUGGCUUGCUCCAGGACUCCUCACCCGUCAUGAUCAACGGAGGAUCCGCCGGGGGCAAGCUCAAGAAGCCCGAUGAGAUGUGCUCGCAGUUGGAGGCGAGUGGUGCUGGAGUUACUCCGCCGAGUAGUACCUCCACGGUGGUUAAUGGCACCACCAAUGGCACUGGCAACGCCAACUCCUCCUCCUCCGCCGUCGUUGGCAUUCAGGGGGCGGCGGGCACAGCGGGGGGCGUGGCAGCUCCUGCAGCCAAAAAGGACGGAAGCAGCAGCAAGAAGAAGGGCGAUCCCAAUGGCAUCAAGAAGAAGAAGACGAGAACCACCUUUACUGCCUACCAGCUGGAGGAGUUGGAGCGUGCCUUUGAACGUGCUCCGUAUCCGGAUGUUUUCGCCCGCGAGGAGCUGGCCAUCAAGCUGAAUCUGAGCGAAUCCCGUGUGCAGGUGUGGUUCCAGAACCGACGCGCCAAGUGGCGCAAGCACGAGCCACCGCGCAAGACGGGCUACAUCAAGACGAGCACGCCGCCGACGGCGACACUGAAUCCCGGAACCCUAGCCCCACCAUUCACCAGCUAUCCGCAGACGACGACGGUCACGCCGCCGGGCAGCAUGGACAGCUGGACCAGCUACCAGACGCCCUACGAGCUGACGCCCCAGUUCAGCCUGCUCUCGCCGGCGGCCAGUCCGUAUGGCACCUAUUCCGGCCAGUACGGUGCCUAUGUGCACGAAAGCCAGCUCUUCCCGAUGCGCCACUACGAGUACGGCAGUCCCACGCGCAUGGAAAUUGGCGCCACAUCCGGUUCGGUGGCCGGAAACGGAGAUGAGUCGGUGGCCAAUGGCGGCAGCUAUCAGACGGCGGAACUGCAGACCGCCCAGCAGCAGCAGCAGCAACUGGCCGACGGCACACUGGUCACCGUCCAUGCCCACCAACAGCAGCAGCAGCAGCAACUCAAUGGCAAGUACCUGAGCGCCGAGGAGGCCAAAUACGUGCACCUGCAGUGCCAUCAGAGUGGCGCUGGUUUGGAGCUGAGUCCCGGCGCCAGCUGUCACCUGGUGGAGGCGCAGGGCCAGCACUAUGUGACCACGGCGACGGGAGGAGCUGCAUCCGCGGGCGGCACCAGCAGCGAUGACAACGACAGCGGCGGCAUGCAGACUGUGAUCAAGAGCGAGGAGGUCGGCCAGCAGCAGCAGCCGCAGCAGGCACAGAGCUACGUCCUGCCGCCUUUUUUGCACUGAGAGAAAUGCUCACACACCGGCGACAGCAACAACAUCAGCGACGCUGGGCCACGCCCAUCAGCACGCCGAACGCCCGUUUCCGGCGGCCAUUUUGAAGGGAUGGGGGCGUGGAGUGUGCAGCAUUUCCAACUGUGUUUCUCCGACUGAAAGUGGGGCUCCAGAAAAGCGGAUUCCCAAAGAUAAAGCCUCAUAAGUAGUAGAAUUCAUCAUCGGUUUACUUAAAACUAGUUGCAUUCAAGAAUUGGGGAGAGUCCAAAAAUUUGAUAUUUAAUUUGAUAAUAUAUUGUCUUUAGUACAUAUUUCCACUCCCUUGGAGUUUUUCUGGCCAGUCCCACGCAGUUUCUGGCCACUGUUUCCAUAUUGCCAUAGGUUCCUUUUAGGUUUAAUGACGCAAGUUGCAACAACAACGGAAUCCACAAGUCUUGCCAAAUCAUAAUGCGGUUACUCCAGUCUAAGUCUAGGUUAAUCCAGGGCUAGGGGCUCUGCAACGAGAGCCCCGCCCCCAGAAUGCAUUCCAAAUGUGCCUUACCAAAACACGGGUGACGAGUGACCUCCCUCCCACUGGGACACUUCGUUGCCCAACAAACUUAGUUUUAGUUAUCCUACUCGUAGGCUAAGUUCCAUUUGCUGUUGUGUAGUUAGACAAUAAAGUGCUUUUUAUAUUGUA